CUGUCGUAUAAAGAGGAGACAGUCGGAACGUCGUCGUAUCAGUCGUGUCAGCCGAAGCUAUCAGACAUGUUGGCAAUAAUUCUACCAUUUUUCCUAGCCGCACACGUACCCGUGGACCAGCCAUCCGAGAGCUCAAAUUGGCAGCAAUAUGGUCCAGAAUCCACUUACGACGUACUGGUGAACAUGUCUUUGUCUAACAUCGUCCAUCAAAAGGAUAAUUUCUGUUCGAUGAUCGGUGCCGAGUUAAAGUGCAGGUUAAAAGGUAGCGACACCCUCGGCUGUCGUUUCGCAAACGGCAAAAUCGUACGACCAGACCCGGAGGACGCGAGGUGCUCAAACGCGAAGAAUUUCGUGCCAAUAAACGACAGAUUCGUCGACGAACAACCAUUCGAAGUCAGAUUUAAUUCAAGAGGCAUCGAGAAUCUCGUCGUCUCGAGGAAUAUUGCCAGAUGGAGGCUAGAUAUGAUUAGAGCAAUUAUUGGUCAACUGAACGUCGGCUUUGAACUGGAAAAGGGACGACAACGGUUCGUUACCAUGGAGAACUCUAGUAUCGGCUACUGCGAGGUGGAGAUCAAAAUGUCAAGGACAGGAUACAGUCGAGAGGACACCGCGGAUGAUCGUCGGAGAUUUCAGAUUGUCUUUGAACCAGAGAGAGCCGACAUGGUGCCAUUGGACAGGGCAGUAGUUCGGAUAGAGAAGAUCAGAAGACCCAAGAACUGUCCCAAUAGGAAGAUAUAUUUCUUUGGGAAUCAACAGGAUUUCAGUUAUGGGUAUAAGAAUAUCUUCAUGGAUAUGACAACAUCCACCAGCCACAUACGCAUCUCAGAAAAUGAAAUGCAUUCGUACACAGAAUCAACCGGCAUCAUGAGAACGUUAAACAAGCCAAGAACGAUGCACAUGCAUCAGAAGAUAAGCAUCACCUUGAAGAGCAUAGAUCCUGCACGAGGUGCAUUACCAGAGAUCCUGGAUCCUGCAUCGACCAGUCUAUACGCAUAUACUAAUUUAGAUAGAAUCCCUGAAGAAGAAUAAGUCAAACGAUGCAAGAACUAAUUAAAUAUAAUCAAUAAGCACAACUGUUAUGAGAAAACAAUAAAUAGAAUAUGAAAUA